GAUGACCAAAAAUCGAAGCGGAGCUCCUCGAAUACGUCAGCCGCUACAGACGUCACUCCCCGAAGCGCGCGGCAGCUCUCAAGCGAUGGCCUCAACAGCGCCGACGUCUGUGCUGCCUGCCCCUCCGCACUUCACCAAGCGCAUUCUCGUCACCGGCGGCGCAGGGUUCAUCGGGUCACACGUGGUCAUCCACCUGGUGAAGCACUACCCGCAGUACUACAUCGUGAACUUGGACUCGCUCGACUACUGCUCGUGUGUGCGCAACGUGCACUCGGCUAUCUCAUCAUGCGGCAGUGAGCACGAGCUGCAGACGCGUGGCGAUAACACCGAAGAGGACGAAGUAAAGCGCGAGAAAGCCACAGAGAGCGAGGACGAGGACGACGUCUGUGAGCGUCUCCGUGGAAGCUUUUGCGAGCCUGGAGACGAGUAUAUCAGCGACGAGUUCCUGGCAACUUUACCGAAAAACUACAAAUUCAUCCAUGGCAACAUCACCGGGGCGGAUCUGGUGGGAUAUAUCCUCAAGACGGAGCGCAUUGACACCAUCAUGCACUUUGCAGCACAGUCGCAUGUGGAUAAUUCCUUUGGCAACUCGAUCGAUUUCAGCAAAACCAAUAUUUUAGGUACACACGUGCUACUGGAGGCGGCCAGACUGUACGGUAUUAAGAGGUUUAUCCAUGUGAGCACGGACGAGGUCUACGGAGAGGGAAGACCCGACUCUGCCCCGAUGACAGAGGACCAUGUACUGGAGCCUACCAACCCGUACGCAGCCACCAAAGCUGGUGCGGAAUUUCUCGUCAAGAGUUUCCACCGUUCGUUCGGUCUCCCCACCAUCAUAACGAGGAGCAACAACGUGUACGGACCUCAUCAGUAUCCGGAGAAACUCGUUCCGAAGAUCAUCAAUCAGAUUCUACGUGACAGACCAGUGACGAUCCACGGCGACGGUAUGCACACGCGCAAUUAUCUCUACAUCUCAGACGUCGUGGCUGCAUUUGAUCUCAUUUUACAUGAAGGUAAAGUGGGCGAAGUCUACAAUAUUGGAGGCGAGAACGAGCUUUCCAACAAAGUUGUAGCGAUGGAUUUGCUGGAAAUGAUGAAGCCGCAGCUUCUUGGCGCCGAGAAGGCAAAACUGAUCACACACGUCCAGGAUCGACCGUUUAACGACCACCGAUACGUCAUUGACUCUGCCAAGAUCCGUCGUCUGGGUUGGAACGAGAAAGUGACUUGGUAUGAGGGUCUUCGGAAGACCGUCAAGUGGUUCUGUCGCUACGGACAUCGCUUCGAUAACAUCGACCACGCUCUUGAGGCUCACCCGAUCAACUUCAAGAAGACAUACAAGGUCAACUUACCGUAAGAGCGUCUUCAACGCGAAUGAGUAUACGCAUGCAGCAAAACCAUUGACAUAAAGUAGAAAACUGCAUUGUCAUAAUAUACAGAAUUGUUUUCGUAAUUAUUCGACUAGCGCGAA